AUGGAUUUUGAAAGCUAUAAAAUUCCGGAAUUUUUCCUUCAAAAAAGCAUCGAAAGUUUAAAUGAGCUAACAUCAUUUUUCAAAGGCUAUAGACAUGUCAAAGAUAGCAUUGCAGUACUGUUUAACGAUAUUGCCGAAGAUUUAGAUGUUACCGAAAGUUCUGCAACGAUUUCUUUUGCGCUUGCCGCGUUUAAUUCUGUAGUCAAAUCAAUAUCAAGCCAAAACCUAUUAAUUGCGAAGUAAAAUUUAUAUAGAAAAAUCGAUACAAAAUUUAUUGAAGCCUUAGAGCUUUUUAAAGAAAGUUUUUCAUUGCAUCAUUAUUCACUGAUCGAGAAGGGUAAAAAAGCUGCACACAAGUUAACUAAAGCCAGAGAAAAUGUAUAUAAAAUGAGAAACGAGUAUCUAAAAGCGCACACAAAACAAGAAAAAGCAGAAAUUAUGCUGAAUUUAGAGCACGAAAAAAAGAGAAUGGAAUUAGCCGCAUUAAAUGCGAAAGAAAUGAAAACUCAUGCAGAAGUUGCUAAUGAAAACUACUUCGCUUCAUUAGCUGAAGAGCGAAAACAAUGAACUGAAUACGACAUAGUUAGAAGAGACAUCUCCAACUCAUUAAAAGCAAAUGAAGAAAGCCGGCUUAUUUUUAUCAAAGGAAUGAUCGAAAAAUUCGCAAAAACCGAGCAGCAACAUGCUCAAUUUUUAAAUAAAUUAGCAGAAAAUGUAUCGCAGUCGCUUUCAGAAAUUUCAAUAAAAGAUGAUUUAAAUAACUUCGAAAAGGAUUGUUUAGGAUCCUUAAAAGAAGUCCCAAGAGAAGAAUGAAUAACCUAUGAAGGCUGAAAAGCACAAAUGAAAGAAAAAGGGCAAGAUCCUCUUAGCAUAGAAGAUUCUUAUAUUUCUUCGAAUAUUCCAUAUGAGCCAAUGCAAGACAACGUGGCAAUUAUUAAGUCAAAGCUGUAUGCGAUUAUUCCUAGAGAAAGGAAAAAAUCAGCAGACUUUUAUACAUGUGAUGAUAGUCCGAUGCUGCAGGCAUCCCCAUUUGAUGAUAAUGGGAAUGAUCCAAUUAAUGAAAUUAUUAGGAGUCCUGAAGGAAGGAUAAUGUUUUGUGAAAUUUUGGAGACUAGGAAAUAUUCUGCAUUCAUAGAGCCUUAUAAUAUCGUGACGCUUUCUACAAUUGUGAACUCAGUUUUAGAAAAUCUUAACCCAGAAAUCGACUCUGAUAUAGUAGCUUUUUAUAAAAUUGUUAUUUUAUCUCACAAUUUUUAUACGCUAGAUGGAGCUCGGAGCUAUUUGUUUAAAUUUUUAGCAAAUGAUAAAUUUCAAGAUAGAAAAAUUUGAUCGAAAACGAUUGAUAGAGCAAUAAAUUCGAAAAUUAUAACAGAAAACGAAAAUUUCCAUAGAAAUAAAAAGAAAUUAAGACGCACAAAGAAAAAGUGAGACCCAUACUAUAAGAAAUUCUCGAUUAAAACUGUUGAAAAAAGUUCUGCAAGCCAAAUUUUGAAUGAGUUUAUAUUUUAUAUGAUAAACCUAAACACAGAUUGUGAUAUAGCUACAAACUUGAUUAUGGAAGCUGCGAAAAAAUCAGGACUUGAGAAAAAAAAAGUGUUAUCAAUUUUAUAUGAAUUGCAUGGUCUUAAGCCAGGAUUUACUAUAAGUGAAAGAGGCUAUGCCAAAUCUAUUAAAGAACGCACAACUGAAAGAGCAAUAUGAGGAGAAAAUAUGUUUAUAGGCCUUACAUUGGAUUUUCUUACUAAAAAUGAUUAUUUCACUCUGCUUGAAGUUUGUAAGUCGUGGAAUAUAAUCCUAAAAGCUCAAAUAUAUAAGAAAGCAUUGCUCGAAGACAAGAUUUAUCCAGUCAGGAAAUUAGCUUGAAAAUCAUUACUCUAUCACCCAAGACGCAAGUAUUCAGAGGUAUUAGAGCACCUUCAUAGUAACAGAAACUCCAUAAAGGAGCUUGAAGACGUUAUUUCUAUGGAUAUGCUGCGAACUUACUCAGGAAAUUCAAGAGUUAACUCAGAUAUCGUCAAACAAAUACUCAGAGCCUAUGCCUGCUAUAGGAUAGAUAUUGGAUAUUGCCAAGGGAUGAACUACAUAGCAGGGACUUUAUAUUCUGUAUUUCAAGAUGAAGAAACUACAUUCUGGUGUUUAGAUGAAAUGAUAAGGAAUAUGAAGAUGGAAGAUCUAUAUUCUCAAGAUCUCCCCAAACUAAAGUAUUUUUUCUUUUCUUUAGAUAGGCUUAUAUCCUUAAUCUCUCCUGACACUCACUUGGUUUUUAACUCAGAAACAAUAAAUUCCAGCCACUACUCCUCUUCUUGAUUUAUUACAAUAUUCGCAGGGCUGCUGAACCAAAGACCUGCACUUUUAUUACAGUUAUGGGACCAGUUUUUAUAUGUAAUUUUUAUAUAGAAAGGGUGAAAAAUUAUAUUAAAAGCGUCAAUUUUAAUCAUCGAAAAAAUAAAACCGUUGAUUUUGAAUAAAAAAUUUGAAGAAAUUAUGACGAUUAUGAUGUCGAUAAGCUUUCCGACGUUUCAGCCAGAAGUUUUUAACGAGAAGUUUAUUAAUGAUAUGAUGAAAAUCAAGGUGACGAAUAGAAUGCUUAUCCAGUUAAGAAAAGAGUUUGAGAGCAUUCAAGAAUUUGUUGAUUCUUUUUAAAUCCACUAAUAUUGAAUAUUAGAUUAAGUUUAAAACUAAAAUAUAGCAUUUGUCCAACUUUAAGCUGUAUCGAAUUGAUUGAAAAUAAAUGGCAUUUAUAUAG